UUAGAAAGAUGUCCUAAUGAGAGAAAUGCAGACAUUAGAUUACUCAACUGAAUCUUUGUAAUCACAUGACAGAAUUCAAAUUCAAACAAAAGCAUUCUCUAACUUAAUACACAUACAUAUUUCAAAAUUGCUUGCCAGAAACUACAGAGGGAGACACUCCACCCCCAAACCCCCACCCUCUGUUAUCCUCCCUCCCUCAUUCCCUCCCUGUAUCUGACACACACUCUCACACUCAGCUGCACACAUGCCAGGAUCCUCACACUGUACCUGAGCACUUCACUCCACGCAGCGACCACCCACGCUGGGAUCCAGUGCGCGCGAGAGAAGGACAGAGUGGAAGGAACCCAGUGCUUUCCACAGCUGCACAGCUUCUGAGUCCCUUAAUAAUCUUUUUUCCCCCCACCAACACCCCAUCAUCAUCAUCAUCACCACCACAGUCUCUUCAAGCCAGUUAGAUCAUGAACCUGCUCUUUUCUGGUUGCUAAGGAGGGGGAUAUCGAGCUCCGAGGAGUGGACGAGGCGGUACUUACUAAGAGACCGCAAGAAAGAUCAAGAGACCAAGAAUGGCUCAGGCCUCUCAGGACCAAGGUGCAGUGGGUGUGGGUGUGGCUGACCCAGAUGAGGACUCGCCCAACAUGAUAGCAUACAGGAAGAUUGAGGACAUCAUCACACGCCUCCAAGAUGAAACUGAAGGUGUGCCAGUCAGAACGGUCAAGAGCUUCCUGUCCAAGAUUCCCAGCGUUGUUACAGGUUCAGACAUUGUACAAUGGAUGAUGAAGAACCUCAACAUAGAUGAUCCCGUGGAGGCCAUACACAUCGGUAGCCUGAUCGCUGCCCAAGGCUACAUAUUCCCCAUCUCUGAUCAUGUUCUCACCCUCAAGGAUGAUGGGACAUUUUACCGCUUUCAGGCUCCAUACUUUUGGCCUUCUAAUUGCUGGGAACCAGAGAACACAGACUACGCCAUCUAUCUGUGCAAACGGACCAUGCAGAACAAGACCCGGCUGGAGCUGGCGGACUAUGAGGCGGAGAAUCUAGCGAGACUACAGAGGGCUUUUGCCAGAAAGUGGGAGUUCAUCUUCAUGCAGGCUGAGGCACAGGUCAAGAUCGACAGGAAAAAAGACAAAACGGAGAGAAAGAUUCUGGAUAGUCAAGAGAGAGCCUUCUGGGAUGUUCACCGUCCUGUGCCUGGGUGUGUCAACACCACAGAGAUGGACAUCAGGAAGUGUCGCCGCCUGAAGAAUCCUCAAAGGGUGAAAAAGUCGGUGUAUGGGGUAGUGGAUGACACACAGACUCAGAGUCCUGUACACACACCCUGCAUACAGCAGAGCAGCAAGGACACCAGAGAGGACGUAGAGAAAGAGAUUCUUUUCUUGAACACUCAGUUGGAUCGACACUGUAUGAAAAUGUCCAAAGUCGCUGAGACAUUGAUGAGCUACACAGAGCAGUAUCUCGACUAUGACCCAUUUGUGGCAGUACCAGAGCCAUCUAACCCUUGGAUCGGUGAUGAUGUCACUUUCUGGGAGCUAGAGGCCAGUAAGGAACCGAGUCAACAGCGAGUAAAGAAGUGGGGCUUCUCAUUGGACGAGGCUUUAAAGGACCCGGUGGGCCGUGAGCAGUUCCUUAAAUUCUUGGAGUCCGAAUUCAGCUCUGAGAACCUCCUGUUCUGGUUGGCUGUGCAAGAUCUGAAGUGCCGCCCCCUGCAGGAAGUACCGGCUCGUGCUCAGGAGAUCUGGCAAGAGUUUCUUGCUGAAGGAGCUCCCAGUGCCAUCAAUCUGGACUCACACAGUUACGAGCGCACCAGUCAGAAUCUAAAAGACCCGGGCCGCUACAGCUUUGAAGAUGCCCAGGACCACAUCUACAAGCUGAUGAAGAGUGACAGCUACCCUCGUUUCCUGCGCUCCAAUGCUUACCAGGACCUCCUGCUGGCCAGAAAGAAGCCUGAAACUGAGCAAGGCCGCCGCACAUCCCUGGAGAAAUUCACUCGCAGUGUGGGAAAGUCUCUGACAAGUAAACGGCUGACGGGCCUCAUGCAGUCCUCCUGACGAGUCCUGGCUUUUCAGAAGUCCAGACCCCUCCUGAGAAAUUGCAGUUCGUUGGGGUGGAAGCGUCGUGGCCACGGCGGGCCAUGUGUACGGACCACCCUCUCUCCAAAACCCACCCGAACACCGCACAGCUACCAACUCUAGAUGGCAGCAUGCAAUAAGUCCAAAAAAAAUCUCCAAACGGCGACAUUGUUGUCUGUGUCUAUUAAAUCACUGACUGCAAAGACCGCAUAUAUGAAUGUCAGAUCUCCCAGUACCAUCUAGAGAACCAUUAUACGUUUAUAUGAUACCUAUAACCAAACUGCAGCAAGGACUGGACUGUCUCGCCGGAUUUCCAUUUAAAAACGUUCAUUAUCAGAUUUGUGCAGUAAUCGGUCCAGUACGUCAACAGUUGAAUCGGACGAAGCGAGGAUGUGUCUCAAAUCUUCGGAGCAUUCCAAAGGAGCGAAGAACAUGACAAGGGCUUUCAGUGACUGUUCCCUCGGUCAAGGUUUGCACAGAACUUUUCUUUUUGUUGAACAGUCACUGAAUAUGAAGAAUGAAUGUGGAAGUAAAGGGGUUCA